AUGUCGGGCAUAUGUAAAACUAGGCUUCAAGAGGAACGUAAACAGUGGCGAAAAGAUCACCCAUACGGCUUUUAUGCGAAACCAGAAAACACUGAAGGCGGAUUAAAUCUAAUGGUUUGGAAUGUUGGUAUUCCUGGACCAAAAGGGACCCCUUGGGAGAACGGGAUGUACAAGCUUGUAUUUACAUUUCCCGAAGACUAUCCUGUGAAACCUCCAAAAUGUAAAUUUGUUCCUCCUCUCUUCCAUCCGAACGUGUAUCCGUCCGGUACAGUCUGUUUGUCAAUUUUGAAUGAAGAUGAAGCGUGGAAACCAUCGAUCAGAAUCAAAGACAUUGUCAUAGGUAUACAAAAACUUCUCAAUGAACCGAACCUCAACAGUCCAGCUCAAUCAGAAGCUUAUAUGAUGUUCAAAAAUGAUCUUGUAGCAUACGAAAAGCGCAUCAAGCUGCAAGCGCAGGAACGAAGAGCGGACUAG